GGUUCAGAGGAUCCCAUACUAGGGUGAUGGCACUUAGCUGGUGGAUGCCAGGUGCCCAGGCUGAGCCAACGUCCCCAGCGAGGAGCCCAAGCACUGCUGUGCAAGAGAAGAGGCACGGGGGAGCACUGUAAAUCUGUUGCCAAGAAGAGGAGCAAUGAAUUCCUCAUUUCACCUGCUUUUCUUGGAUCUCAACCUGAAUUCCACAGAAAGCAACUUUUCAGAACCAAAUGUCAAGAACAAGUCUUCACCAUGCAAAGAGAUGGGCAUUGCUGUUGAAGUGUUUCUGACUCUGGGUCUCAUCAGCCUCUUGGAGAACAUCUUGGUCAUAGGUGCCAUAGUGAAGAACAAGAACUUGCACUCCCCCAUGUAUUUCUUUGUGUGUAGUUUAGCAGUAGCUGACAUGCUAGUGAGCAUGUCUAACACAUGGGAGACCAUCAUCAUAUACUUAAUAAAUAAUAAGCACCUGGUGAUAGCAGAUGCCUUUGUGCGUCACAUUGACAAUGUGUUUGACUCCAUGAUCUGCAUUUCUGUGGUGGCCUCCAUGUGCAGUUUGCUGGCGAUUGCAGUGGAUAGGUAUGUCACCAUCUUCUAUGCUCUGCGCUAUCACCACAUCAUGACAGCAAAGCGUUCUGGAGUGAUUAUCAUGUGUAUCUGGACCUUUUGCACAGGUUGUGGCAUUGUUUUCAUCAUUUACUAUGAAUCUACUUAUGUAAUCGUUUGCCUCAUUUCCAUGUUCUUCACCAUGUUAUUCUUCAUGGUGUCUCUGUAUAUACACAUGUUCCUCCUGGCCCGGACUCAUGUCAAGCAGAUAGCAGCUCUGCGUGGAUACAGCUCUGUGCGGCAAAUGACCAGCAUGAAAGGUGCUGUCACCCUGACCAUGCUGCUGGGCAUUUUCAUUGUGUGCUGGGCUCCGUUCUUUCUCCAUCUCAUUUUGAUGAUUUCUUGCCCCCAGAACCUCUACUGUUCUUGCUUUAUGUCUUACUUUAAUAUGUACCUCAUACUCAUCAUGUGUAAUUCUGUGAUUGAUCCUCUGAUAUAUGCUUUCCGAAGCCAGGAGAUGAGGAAGUCCUUUAAAGAGAUUAUUUGUUGCCAUGGUUUCAGAAUACCCUGUAGGUUCCCUGGCAGAUAUUAA